GGCGGGCCUGGCGCGCCGCCGCGCCGGCUGUCUCGCUCCGGAGCCGGAGUGAGCGCCGCUGCUCCCGCGUCCCCGAAGGGCAGCGGGCCCCGCCGCCGGCCCCGCCCGAUGGCGAGGCUGCGGGAUUGCCUGCUCCGCCUGACCGUCACGAUCCGGUCCCUGCUCUUCUGGUCCCUGGUCUACUGCUACUGCGGGCUCUGCGCCUCCAUCUACCUGCUCAAACUUUUGUGGAGCAUCGGCAAGGGACCCGCGCAGACCUUCCGGAGGGUCGCCCGGGAACAUCCUCCCGCGUGCUUGAACGACCCCUCCUUGGGUACCCACUGCUACGUGCGGAUCAAGGAUUCGGGGUUAAGAUUUCAUUAUGUUGCUGCUGGGGAAAGAGGCAAACCACUUAUGCUGCUGCUUCAUGGAUUUCCAGAAUUCUGGUAUUCUUGGCGUCACCAACUAAGGGAAUUUAAAAGUGAAUAUCGAGUUGUAGCGCUUGAUCUGAGAGGCUAUGGAGAAACAGAUGCUCCCAUUCAUCGAGAGAAUUAUAAAUUGGACUGUCUAAUUACAGAUAUAAAGGAUAUUUUAGACUCUUUAGGGUAUAGCAAAUGUGUUCUUAUUGGCCAUGACUGGGGGGGAAUGAUUGCUUGGCUAAUCGCCAUCUGUUAUCCCGAAAUGGUGAUGAAGCUUAUUGUUAUUAACUUCCCUCACCCAAAUGUAUUUACAGAAUAUAUUUUACGACACCCUGCCCAGCUGUUCAAAUCCAGCCAUUAUUACUUCUUCCAAAUACCAUGGUUCCCAGAAUUUAUGUUCUCAAUAAAUGAUUUCAAGGCUUUGAAACAUCUGUUUACCAGCCACAGCACCGGCAUUGGAAGAAAAGGAUGUCGAUUAACAACAGAAGAUCUUGAAGCUUAUAUUUAUGUCUUCUCCCAGCCUGGAGCAUUAAGCGGCCCAAUUAACCAUUACCGAAAUAUCUUCAGCUGCCUGCCUCUCAAACAUCACAUGGUGACGAUUCCAACACUACUGCUGUGGGGAGAGAAAGAUGCAUUUAUGGAGGUUGAGAUGGCUGAAGUCACAAAGAUUUAUGUUAAAAAUUAUUUCAGGCUAACUAUUUUGUCAGAAGUCAGUCAUUGGCUUCAGCAAGAACAACCUGACAUAGUGAACAAACUGAUAUGGACAUUUCUGAAAGAAGAAACAAGAAAAAAGGAUUGACUUUUCUAUAUCUUCUAUGAGGGAUCUGUAAUGAAAUCUCUAAAUAAUUUUUAAUAAUUGUUCAUCCUCUUUAAGCUUCAUUAGGAAAAAGUUGUUUUAAUAUGCUUUAUCAUAAAUAUCCUGACAAAUGAUAUUGAAAAAAAUCUGAGAAUGUGUGACUUGUAACAUGAUGUUGAUUUUCUUCUGUUGAAUUUUGCAUAGAAAAGCAUCUGCCUUAAAAUGUGUACAUUGGUACAAAAAGGAAGUUGGGGAAAGUGGCUCGUUUUGAUUUCUUGCAUUCUUUACCCUGUUAACAUCUGGUGCCUUUUACAAAUGUAUAUUAAAGAUUAGCUGCGCCAUGUUUAAAAAGGCAAACCUGCAAUGGUAUAAAUUUUCAUUUUAUUGUUCAAAACUUCUUUUUACUAUUUUUCAACCAUU